CGUAAAUAGGGUGUCGUGUUAAUAAACCCAGUCUAAUAUCCCAGUUGGAACAAGACAAGAAGGUGAUGACAGAAGAAAGAGGAAUUCUACCAAGCACCUGUCCAGAUUUGGAGACUCUACUUAAAGUCAAAUGGUUAACUCCUAAGAAGCAUGUUUUCAGAAAAGAACAGUCUAAAGGUGUAAAAACGGAAAGAAGUCAUCGUGGAGUGAAACUCAAUGAAUGUAAUCAGUGUUUUAAAGUCUUCAGCACAAAAUCUAACCUAACUCAGCACAAGAGAAUUCAUACUGGAGAAAAACCCUAUGACUGUAAUCAGUGUGGGAAGUCCUUCAGUAGCAGAUCUUACCUUACUAUUCAUAAGAGAAUCCACAAUGGAGAGAAGCCCUAUGAAUGCAAUCACUGCGGGAAAGCAUUUAGUGAUCCCUCAUCCCUUAGACUGCAUGUGAGAAUUCACACCGGAGAAAAACCCUACGAAUGUAACCAGUGUUUUCACGUCUUCCGCACCAGUUGUAACCUCAAAAGCCACAAGAGGAUUCACACGGGGGAGAAUCACCAUGAAUGUAAUCAGUGUGGAAAAGCUUUCAGCACAAGGUCCUCCCUCACUGGGCACAAUAGCAUUCAUACAGGGGAGAAACCUUACGAAUGUCACGAUUGUGGGAAAACCUUCAGGAAGAGUUCCUAUCUGACACAGCACGUAAGAACUCAUACUGGAGAAAAACCCUAUGAAUGUAAUGAGUGUGGGAAAUCCUUCAGCAGUAGCUUUUCUCUGACUGUGCACAAGAGAAUACAUACCGGAGAGAAACCCUACGAGUGCAGUGACUGUGGAAAAGCCUUUAAUAAUCUCUCAGCUGUGAAGAAACACUUAAGAACUCACACUGGAGAAAAACCCUAUGAAUGUAAUCAUUGUGGGAAAUCCUUCACAAGUAACUCCUACCUUUCUGUACACAAAAGAAUACAUAAUAGGUGGAUAUGAAUUAACUGUGGGAACUUCUGGGGGAAAGCACUCACUGAUCUUUCAUCCCUAAGAGAGUUUGAGAGAGCUCACACUGGAUGUAUAAGUUAUUUGUUGCAGUGUAACAAAUGCUCCCCCAAAACUGUGUGGCCACAAACACCAAACAUUUAUUAUCUCACAAUUUCUACAGGUCAGGAAUUCAGGAACAGCUUAUCUCUGUAGUUACAUGGCAGGAUCUCUCAUGCCCUUACUUACAGUCAAGAUGUCAGCCAAAGCUGUGGCCAUCUAACAUCUUUACUGAUGAACAGUCCACUUCCAAGAUGACUCAUUCACAUGCCUGGAAAGUUGGUGUUGGUUGUUGUCAGGGGACAUUCAGUCAUUACCAUGCAUGCCUCUCCACAUAGGCCUCUUUACAAGGCCAAGUUCCUUUAUGAUUUGGCAAUAAGUUCUCCCGAAGGUUAGUGAUCCAAGAGGUGACCAGUACAGAGGCCAAAAUGACUUUUAUGACCUAUCCUCAGGAGGACUGCUAAGCUUUCACUUAUUUCCUAUUGUGUUGGUCUCACAACACACCAAUCCUGAUACAAUGUGAGAGACUACAGAAGGAAACAGAUCACUCAGAAACAUCUGGGAAACUUGCCAUGGAAUUAAUGAAGUAAAGCCCUCAGCACAUCAUCCUUUUAAUCUAAUCAAUAUGAAAUAGCAUUCAAUAACUCCUAUUAGUUCACUCUGAAGAGAAACCUUUUGAGGACAAUCUGUGUGGUAAAGCUCUCAGCUCAAACUCUCACCCUCAUGGGCCUAGAAGGUUAUGGACUGAGAGAAUCCUGAAGAAUGGAACAGCUGUAGGAAAGCCUUCAGUGCUAUCAGCAGGGAUUCAUGUGACAGCUCACACUAAGAGAGAAAACCUGUGAAGGUCAUCAGAGUGCAGAAGCCUUCAGGGACAGUCAUCGCUUAAGACACACAUUGGAAAUCACACAAUGGAACAACACUCAGAAAUGCGGAAUAUCCUACAGCAAAAGUGUUCACAUUUCUGAGCAAACUGUAAUGUGGUAUUUGGCAGUGACUAUGGGAAAGCCUUGAAUGUUCCCUCAGUUUUUAAGGGACUUGCGGAUUAAUUCUGGGGUGAAUGCCCCAUUGAACAUCAUCAAUAUUGAAGAGCUUUCCGGUUUUCCACAUUUGUUAGGAAACUUGUGAGCAUUCACACUGCAGAGAAACUUGCAAAUAUAAAGAAAAAGAAAAAGCCUUCAGUGAUGCCUCUGUGUUAUGGGAAAUAUGGAACUUCGCCCUGGAUGCAAAACCUAUGAGUAUAUUAAUAUUGGAAUAUUUUUCAGUGAUUCUUCUCUUUCUUGUAUAUGAGAGAACUUACAUGGAGAAACCCCUAGGAAUGCAAUCAGUAUUAGGAUGCCUCAGCCUCAACUCUUCACUGAGUGGCCACAAUUUUCACUGGGAACAAAAAGUAUGAUAACUGUUUUGAGUGUGGGAUUUCCUACAUCAGUGUCUCAUCUGUAGAUUGGACUGCUAGCUCAUUAACUUUUUAGUCUUUUUUCUUUUAACAUAAACAUGUGUAUAGCUGUUCCCUAAAAUAAACAUUAACUUAUAUUUCAUAAUUUUAA